CGGCAGCGUGGCAAGGCUGCGGCACAGGGACAGACCUACGGCACAGGGGGGACAGCGGUUGCGCACGGCGGGAGGAACCAGCAGCAGUUUCUCCCCUUGCAGAAGGCGCGGGGGGCACCAGCGCUGGUUUUAAACCUGUAUUUUUAUGAUUAUUUUGGGGUUUUAUCCGGAAUCUUCCGCUCGGCGAGGCCGGUGCGCCCCGCGCGGCACCUCGCUGCGGGCCCCGGGCUCCCCCCGCACGGGCUCGGGCUCGGGCUGCGGGGUCCCCGCAGGGCCCUCGGGGCGGGGCGGCAGCCGUGGGGCAGGCUCGGCCCCGCCCCGAGGUGGCCGUGGGUGAGGCGGGGCCUGAAUGGAAGCGGGCCGCGGCGCGAGCACUCGGCCGAAGCGGUGGCGAUGUGGCGGCGGCGCCGCGAGGAUGGCGAUGGCGGCCGCAGCGACGGCGACAGGGCCUGGGAGGAGUUCAGUUCGCAGGCGGAGCGCAGGGCCCCGGCGGAGCGCAGGGCCCGGGAGGAGCGGCGGGGCUGGCUGCACUGGUGUCCCCGGCUGCGCACUGUCCUCCUGGUCCUGCUCCUCAUCUACAUCUCUGUGCCCAUCCUCAUCCGCCUCUUCCCUGUCCUGGUCACCAAAUUUGUCUACCUGAACUUGGCCUUUCCUUUCUUCGUUGACUUUCAUCGGCCGGAGCUACUGCUGAACAACACCAUCAACCUGUACCUCGUGACCGAGCCAGGCGUGACGGUUGGCAUCUGGCACACGGUGCCGAGCAGCAGAGGAGCCGAGGCAAGGGGCAAGGACCAGCACUGGUACGAGGAAGCGCUUGGCGAUGAUCACCCUGUGAUCAUCUACCUGCACGGCAAUGGGGGGACCAGAGCUGCAAGACACCGCAUCCAGUUCUUGAAGACAAUGAGUGCUGCUGGCUUUCACAUCCUGGCGCUCGACUACAGAGGCUAUGGGGACUCCAGUGGGCACCCCACAGAGAACGGCUUCACCACGGAUGUCCUGGCACUCUACGACUGGGCCAAAGCACGGAGCAGGAACAGCAUCAUUCUUUUCUGGGGACACUCCUUGGGAACGGGGAUUGCCACAAAUGCAGCAAGGAAACUGCAGGAGGAGCGAGGAGUCCAGGUUGAUGCCAUCAUCCUGGAAUCGCCCUACACCAACAUCCGUGAUGCAGCUGCCCAUGUCCCCAUCACCAAGAUCUACCGCCAGUUCCCAGGUUUCGAGUACUUCAUCCUGGACUCGCUCGCUCUGGGCGACAUGUUCUUCCGCAGCGACAAGAACGUGCAGGUGCUGUCCUGCCCGCUCCUCAUCCUGAACGCAGAAGAUGAUGCCAUCGUGCCUCCGCACCUGGGACGCAAGCUCUUUGAGACAGCACACAGUGCCUACAAGGACAAAACCAAGGUGAAGUUGAUUACCUUUCCCAAAAAGCUGGGCCUGGGCCAUGACCACAUCUCGUUCAACCUGGAGCUGCCUGCCUUGGUGAAAGACUUCCUGAACAUUAAGUGAUGCCAGCUGCUGCAUGCAGCAACCACAAGCACCACAAGCACUUCCUCAAACCCACACCAGAAACCCGUUAUGGCACUGAACUUACUGUUGUAAGUAAUAAAAACUACUGAAAAACGUU